GUAUAAAAGUCAGAGUCAGAGUCAGUGUUGCUCAGUGCGGCAUCUGGAGUUAGACUGAAGAAGUAUCCAGAACCAGUCUUCUGCCAUCACUACAGCCUGAACCAUGAACUCAGCCACUGUUGUUCUUCUCAGCUGCCUGCUCAUCCUCUGUGCACAAGCACAGCCACACAGGUCAAAAAAAUGCAAGUGUUUGAACGGUUCAAUCAGUCACAUCAAACUGGAGCUCCUCCGGAAGAUAUCUGUGCCCGUCUUUCACAAGCCCAGCUCCUUCUGUCCUCAGCUGGAGAUUAUUAUUGUUUUGGAGAACAAGGUGAAAUGUGUGAACCCAGAGUCACCACUUGGAAAACUGCUGCAGAGAAACAAAAGCAGGCAGGAGAUUGCAGCACUGACAACAACAAGAGCCACUGUUCAACAAACUCAGGAACCUCAGCUGGUGCAUGAUGUAGUGGCAGCUCAAUAGUCACAGCUUAUUAAAUAUAUGAAUGUUGUUAAUUGUUGCAGUGUUGUAAAUAGAUCCAAAGUUCUCACUGGCUAUUUUUGGAUUUUUCUUUAAGAAAAUAUUCUUUACAUGUUUGUUAAUUAUUUGUACAUCGUUUUUACAAAAAAUAAAGCAGAAAAAACACAUUUCUUUUUUGUCAUCCAUUGUUAUAUAUGGAGAUAUGAGUAAAUUAUCUAGUUUCAUAAAGGUGACAAUUUUAUUCAUGCACCUGGACACAAUAGUGUGCUCUGUAAGAUCGUGUCUGGGUAAACCAUGCUACCAGCAGUUGUUUGCAAUCCCGCUCAUCUCAAUUCCAAGAGGAGAAUUCACAAUUUUAAAGCCAAAACUUUCGUAUGUAUAGUUAUUUUAUAAUGUUUUUUAGUUUAUUUUUUGCUAUACUUCACAAUAUAGCGAAAAUUAACAUGAUUAAAGGGAGCUAAAGGAGAACCGUGAUAUAGAGUGAAUUGUAUCUAUAUGACAGUGGUCUUUGAAAAACAUCAUCAAGAUAAUUUUAUUGAACCUGUCACUUACAGCAUCCAUCCAUCCAUCCAUUUUCAUCCGCUUAUCCGUUACCGGGUCGCAGGGGCAGCAGUCGCCACCCAAAUCACAUUGCACCGUACCAAACCUUCCUGUGGGUGGUGAGUCCACUGGACACUUACAGCAUUUGAAUAAAAAAAUAUACAAAAUUGGUAUCGUUACACGUUGACUAUAAAACUGUCACCAAUUUUCAAUGUAUUUAUCUAUUUUUGAAUUUUGUAAAUAUUACUAAUAUUACUGCAAAUAUGCAACAAAAGCCUCCGUAUAAAACACCAACACAACAACCUCAACCUAAGUCGUAACGUUAAUUUCUUCUCUUUAUUAUGUUUCCAGAGAGCUCACUGUCCAGUCAUUUAAAUCUUUGUUGUCUGAUGUCUGUAAACGUAUAAUUUAAGUUAAAACCACGUACAUACUUUUUAAAUAAAAAAUAAAGACAAACAUUAACUUAUUGUGCUUUUUCAAAAAUACAGAUCAAAAUAUGAUUACUAUGGGCAGAACAUUAGGUUUCAUAAAGAUGUUAUUCUUCAAGAAUGAAGGAGCAGACCAGGACAGAGUAGCACUACUGUGAUAUUGGUGUAGUUGGUCUCUAACUGUAAGAGGACGUGAUGGUUAGAGAUAUAAGAUUAUUUACUGAGGCAAACCCUAGUGGACAACAGCAAGGAAAGAGACACAACACACUUUAAUUUACACCAUUUAAAAAAAAUCAAUAGUUUGAUGUCAUUCUGUCAGUGUCGAGGUGUGUUUAAAUUGUAAAAUAAAAGACAAAUAAAAAAUAUUAUUCCAAAAAACAUAGUGGUUAGAAAUACUGUGGUCCAGUCAAAGACGCAGCACACUUCAGGCUAACAAGCUCCUGGACUGUUAGAUACAUAAAGCACAGUUUAACAGAUGGUCAAUAUGACUUUUAACAGCUUAGAGUCAAAAAAUGCAGUAUGUGACCGGAAAGGUUCGGUUGUGAUGUCACAAUAAAUAAAAUGACUCCGGUGGGAACACUUUCUUUGUGACUUAGUGGCGGGGUUUCCUCAAAGCAGUCGCCACUUAAAAUAAACAAGGCCUGAAGAGACACUUAACACUUUUGUCUAUAGGCAGCUGACAGGAUCUGAACCGUAUGUUGAGCAUGUGAAGACAAAGUGUCUCUCUCCAUUAAGUCUAUUAGGCCUUAAACAGACCUUGAAUGCCCCACUUUAAGUUGUUGUAAGGUUGUAGAAAUUCUUCAGUUAUAUUUUCAGAGGUUGGUUCAACAAAAGAGCCUGGUUAUGUAUUCUGCCGUGGCUUCAGCCAUUUCCAUUUCAUCAUCUGUAUUAUAGCUUUUGUGCCACAAAGUACUACGUGAGGAUUUUGAAAAUGAAUAGAAAAGUUUUUGCCAAGAGACAAAG